AUGCGAUUCUCCGACUACGCGGCUUCCCUGGCUUUGCUGGGAGGGACUACCGUGUCGGCCUUUGGUCGCCAUGCCGCCCACCAAGGACUCUUGCAAAUUGCCCCCUCGUUUGCUAAAGAGGGAAUCAACCUCUACCCGGCCCUUCACCCGGACCACAAUGCCACCGAUCUCAACCACCUGAUCCCUGAAAAAUCAAAGCGUCUGCAUUUCAGUCAGGAAGGACAUCGCCGAUUCAAUUUGAUCACGUAUCACAUUGACUGUGGCCAUCUCCAUGGCGAACACCGUUCUUUCUUCCGUGCAUCUCAACCAAGAAUGGAGGGCAACAACUCCAUCAGGGUUAACACCCAACUGCUCGAAGAAACCGAGGCAAUCCAUGGAGGCCAUUUGGAGUGGGGAACAUACCAGAAGCCGGGACUAUCAAAACGUCAACCGGUCAAAGGACAUGUUCGCGCGUCUCGACCACAAGAAGUGAUCGUGGAUGGGGAAGGUGGCAACGCAACCAUGGAUAUCACGAAGGAUGCAGACGCAUUUCAUGCAUUCUUUCCCAAUGUGAAUGUCGACACUGAUAUUCCCGAUAGGGGCACCGAGGGAGGUGGCUUCUUGAAUUAUGACGGCUAUGAGGAUGAUGAAAUUGCUCGACGUGGCCUCUUUUCCUGGAUCAUCAAUGCCUUCAAAGCACUGAUCAACUUGAUUGCAGAGCAGGUUCAGAGACAAAUUGAGAUCAUCAAAACGAUCGCCAAGGUCAUGAUCGCCAUUGCAGCAACAGCCGGAGCAGAUCUUAAAGAUGCUCUGGAUCUGGUGUAUAGUAAAAAAGGUGCAUCCUUGUAUCUCAACUGCGACGCCUGUGGCACCAAGGGAAGUUUUACUUUUGAUGGAAAACUUGCCUUUAGUAUCGCGGACGGCCUCACCAAGGCUCAGAUCUCCCUCAUCAACAAUGAGGAGUUUGUGCUGGAAGCGAUUGUUGGGUUGAAACUUCAGGGCCGGGCCAUCGAGGACCCUGAGGAUGAUGACGAUGGCAAAAAGGGCACCAAUCAAAAAAAGAAGGGACUGCGCAGCGUUGUCAAAAAAGAGAUUGCUAAAGUCCCUCUCGGUCCUGCCCUAUAUAUUCCCAAGAUGCUCACCAUCGGACCACAGAUAGCGAUAACACCAGCAGCCAGUCUCUACGCCGAUGGAGCAGUCAGCAUCCGGACUGGUCCAAGAUUCACUGUAUCCCCCGGCAACGUGACGUUGGACGCAAAGGAUCCCAGCCGAAAUGUUGCUGAGGGAUGGGAGCCCAAUUUUGAGUUUGUUUUUGAACAAGACGCCAGCAUUGUUCUAACAGCUGAUCUAGCAGUGGAGGUUGCUCUUGAAUUUGCUUUGGAUGUGCUCACCGGAACCUACAAAACAUCAGUCGGAAUCAACACGGCCCCUUCGGUCUAUUUCACUGCCGAAUACUCGAAGAACAAAGACUCUGACGACACGGGAAAACUGAAAGCCUGUGACGGCGGGCUGGAGCUCCGGGUUGGAGGAAAGAAUCGGGUCUAUAGUUCAGUGUUUGGGCUGAGGGAAAUUGAGUUCAAGGAAUUGGGGACGACUUUCGCAGACCAUGGUCUCGGCUGUGUUUUGUAA